AUGACGGAACCUCUUUUAGACAGGAUUCUAACAGAGGUGUUGGAUGACAACUACUGCGAAAGUGCGGACCUCUAUAUCAGAAGCCAGUUGGUAACACCAGCCGCAGUCACGAGUCACACGACGUUCGCGCCCUGUUGUUUCACAGUGAUUGUGAACAGCAGGACAAGCGGCCAGCCAAGGGGCAUCAUUAGAGUGGAUAGCAGCUCGCCCGACGCUCGCGUGCGGCGGCCUGGGAAUAGACAUGUAGACGAGAGCGAGCGUCGUUCCGGCCUUGAAAAAUUUGGGGUCGACGCAGCCAACCCUCUGCCCGAGGAAGGGCGUGCUGCGAACCACGUCCCCACCCAAAUGCGAUCCGUAGAGUCCCCCCCUGGGCUGUCCGGGGUGAUGGAUCCCGUUGCUGCAACGCCACUGCCUGCAACUCUAUUCUCCCCCGCGACGAGACUGUCUGCAGACUUGAUGUCUGCAGGCCUUGACUUGCCUCCCGGUGGUUUAAGCUUAAGUCCGCCUCCCGGUUUAAGCCCAAGUUCGCCUCCCGGUGGUUUAAGCUUAAGUCCGCCUCCCGGUUUAAGCCCAAGUUCGCCUCCCGGGGGCGUGUCCCUGAGUGGAAUCACCACGACCGGGUGCGACUCGUCUCAAUUGACCUGCUCCACAGCCUUCUCCUCUGGUUCUUCGCGGGAUGGGAGUGAAGACCCAGACGACGGGGACGUUUUCGUGCCUGCGGCGUUCGGCAACCGCUCGUGUGCGCGCUGUGUUUCGCACGAAACACCGCAAUGGCGGUACAUCCACAAAUACCGUUUCUGUAACGCUUGCUACAUGAAGGUCAAACGCUGGUUCGACACCAACCGCCCUGGCUGCAAACUACCGGGCCGUACCCGUAACAUGGCCGACAUUGACCUAGAUUGCGACCGGAUCCUCUUCAAAGCCUUCGACGCCUAA